AUGAAGCUUGGAACUCACAACGGCGUUUUUCAUUGCGACGAGUUACUCGCUCUUGCUAUGCUUCGUCAACUACCGGAAUAUCAUAAUGCCCAGCUGAUAAGAUCGCGAGAUCCGGACGUUCUUCGUGACUGUGACGUCGUUUUUGAUGUUGGAGCUGAGUAUGAUCCGGAUAGGCAUCGUUACGACCAUCACCAGUCGUCUUUCAAUAAAACGAUUCAGGACUUUUAUCCAAAUCUCAAACCAGCUGUAAAGCUAAGUAGUGCUGGUUUGAUAUAUGCCCACUUCGGCACCCGUGUUAUCUCUUCUAUUCUGGAAUUAAAGUCGACUGAUUCUGAAGUUGUCAAAGCAAUCUACCCAUUUUUGUAUUGUUCUUUUGUCAGCGAGGUUGAUGCUCUUGAUAAUGGCGUCUCUAUGGCACCUGUCCCGCUUACGUACUCCAUCAACACCGGUCUCUCUUCGCGUGUUGAUCGAUUAAAUCCCCCCUGGAACAAAGUUGAUGAGGAUGAGAUGAAAUGCUUUGAUCAGGCCUACAAAUUAGUUGAGUCCGAGUUGGUAUCUACUGUUCGCGACCUCGCAGAAACCUGGUAUCCCGCACGCACUAUUGUUAAGGACGCCAUGCUCUCACGCUAUUCUGUCCACCCCAGUGGUGCCAUUCUUUAUCUAUCGCAGGGCUGCCCUUGGAAAUCGCACUUCUUUGAGCUAGAGAAGGAGAUGCUUGGUGUUGCUGAUUGUGAUGUUGACAGGGUCACUGAUUUCAAGGGCCGGCCGGUAUUUGUCAUCGUGCAACGGAAAGGGGCCGGUGAAAUACAGUUCUCUUUGAUUUGCAUACCUUGGCAACCAAAUCUGCCAUUCUCAAAUCGAGUGCCAUUAGUUUCUGCGUGGGGCGGAAAACGGGACGAGGAGUUGUCUCAAUUGGUUGGAUUGCCGGGAUGUGUCUUCGUACACGCCACCCUCUUCCUCGGAAUACAUAAGACAUUCGACGGCGCUCUUCAAAUGGCUGUAAUGUCGCUCAAAGCUGCCGGCUAUCUGUAG